CUGAGAGUCACACUCAGUCUGUCUCACAAACUCCCCGAACUGUCUGUGUCACAGCCCCUCUCUGAGCCCGGUUCCGGAGGAGAAGAUUAGUUUCAGGUUCUUCUCGUCGCCAUGUCCAGCGCGCGCUGUUGGUCUCUCUGUAGAGUCGGAAGGUAACCUCCGCGCGCGCGCAGCAUAUUAAAUCAGAUUACUUUUUUUCUUUCUUUCGCAUUUCGGAGUUUAUUGAGGAGCGGAAAGACCAGUCAGACAAACCAGGAGCGCUUGUGGAUAUCGUUCCGCUGUGGUGGAUGUGUAGCUUUUCUUCUGGAGCAGGAAGUUCAGCUUCUCCAUCCGGAAACCAACCAGGCGCGUGAAGCACCUGGGCUGAAGAAGGGCUCGUGCGAGAGAGUGCGCGCGCGCUCCGGCUCUCUGCUCCUUCACUCCACAGGUGGAGAUGCGGCUGCACGCGCUCACACUCCUCCUGCUUUCACUGCAGGAAGCUGCUGUUCAGACUCAGGAAGCUUGCCCAGGAACCAAGAAUGGUCUUAGUUUUACAGAAAGCCCUGGACAACACUACAAUAACUUGAAGGAACACUACAAUGGCUGUGAGAUCAUCAUUGGCAAUCUGGAAAUCACCCUGAUGCAGCGAGACUUUGACUUCUCCUUCCUUGAAACUGUUCGGGAAGUGACAGGCUACGUCCUGAUCGCCACAAACCAGUUUCGCCGGCUUCCUUUGGAGCAGCUGCGAGUGAUCCGUGGCAGCAUGCUGUAUGAUAAGGAAUGGGCCCUCUCUGUCUUCCUCAACUUCGAUGACCAAUAUGGACUGGUGGACCUGGGCCUCACUCAUCUCACAGAGAUCCUGGUUGGAGGAGUGCAGAUUAUUAAUAACAAGUACCUGAGCUAUGCUCCCUGGAUCAACUGGCAGGACAUAGUGAGAGAUAACAAUGCUCGCGUCGAGAUCAGUAACAAUGGUGAAAAAGCGCUGUGUCAUCCAGGCUGUGGUGGUUACUGUUGGGGUCCAAAUAAGGAUCAGUGUCAGAUCUUGACUAAGACGGUGUGUGCGCCGCAGUGUCACGGCCGCUGUUUCGGUCCCAGUCCUCAGCACUGUUGCAACAUUGAAUGCGCAGGAGGCUGUGCAGGGCCUAAGGAAACGGACUGCUUUGCAUGCCAGCAUGUGAGGCAUUUGGGAGCCUGUGUGUCUCACUGUCCACAGCCGCACAUCUACAAUAAGCACACCUUCCAGCUGGAACCCAAUCCAGAUGCCAUGUACCAGUACGGUUCAAUUUGUUUGCGCACAUGUCCCGCUCACUUUGUAGUGGAUGGCAGUGCGUGUGUAAGUGCCUGCCCACCUGAUAAAACGGAAGUAGAGAAGAAUGGCACGAAGCACUGUGAGCCAUGCAAUGGACUCUGCCCAAAAGUGUGUGAAGGUACAGAUCCCAGUCAGAGCCACAGACAGACAGUGGACUCCAGUAACAUUGACAGUUUCAUCAACUGCACGAAAAUCCAGGGCAGCUUACAUUUUCUUGUCAUGGGGAUUAAUGGGGAUAUGUAUAAUAACAUACCUCCUCUAGACCCAGAGAAACUCAGAGUUUUCAGCACUGUAAGAGAAAUAACAGGAAUUUUGAGUAUUCAAUCUUGGCCUGCAGAGCUGAAGGAUUUGUCAUUUUUUUCCAAUCUUACCACUAUACGUGGAAGGUCGCUUCACCUAGGUAGCAGCAGAAAGAGACCCUUCUCUCUGUUGGUGAUGAAGGUGGACUCUCUGACGUCUCUGGGUCUGCGUUCUCUGCGGGAAAUCAGUGAAGGCAGCGUGUACAUCAGCAAUAACACGAACCUAUGUUACCAGCAUACCUUGAAGUGGCAGCAGAUCUUCACUGGCAACCAAAUUAAGCGCCGACGCAACUGGAAUGACAUCAAAUUCAACAGGCCAGCGAGCCAGUGUGAGGCUGAGGGUCACGUGUGUGAUCCGCUGUGUUCAAACUCAGGCUGUUGGGGCCCCGGACCUGAUCAGUGUCUUUUCUGUAGGAAUCACAGUCGCCAUAAUACCUGCAUAGCCCAGUGUAACAUCUUCUCUGGGGAGCCACGGGAGUUUGCAGGUUCAGAUGGAGAGUGCCGUGCCUGUCAUCCUGAGUGUCUAAAGCAGGAGGGGCAAGAGACCUGCAAAGGAGAGGGAGCAGAUAAAUGUGAAGCAUGCUCUCACCUAAUGGAUGGUCCUCAUUGUGUGCCCUCAUGCCCUUAUGGAGUGACCGGAGAGAGAGGCCAGACCAUCUUUAAGUACCCAGAUAAUACAGGACAGUGCCAGCCCUGCCACCCUAACUGCACAAGCGGAUGCACUGGCCCAUCUUUGAGAGAUUGUAUGGAUGGUCGGCUACCAGCAGACAGUCCUCAUAUUGCAGCUAUAGUAAGUGGAGUGUUGGCUGGUCUCUUUGUGUGUUUGGCGGUCGUGGUGAUGGCGUUGCUGUACCGCCGUGGCGUGGCCAUCCGCCGCAAGAGAGCACUCAGGAGAUACUUGGAGAGCAGCGAGAGCAUCGAGCCACUGGAUCCAGGUGAGAAAGGAACAAAAGUUCAUGCUCGCAUCCUGAAAAGUUCAGAAUUACGCAAAAGCAAACUUCUGGGAUCGGGAGUCUUUGGUACCGUACAUAAGGGUUUCUGGAUACCUGAAGGGGACUCGGUGAAGAUCCCUGUUGCUAUAAAGACCAUCCAAGACCGCAGCGGGCACCACAAUUUCACUGAGAUUACAGAUCACAUGCUGUCUAUGGGAAGUCUGGAUCACCCAUAUAUUGUGCGUUUGCUUGGAAUCUGUCCUGGACAAAGCCUGCAGUUGGUCACCCAACUCAGCACUCACGGCUCCCUGCUGCAACACCUGAGGCAAAACGCGAACAAUCUGGACCCCCAGCGCCUCCUCAACUGGUGUGUGCAGAUAGCCAAGGGCAUGUACUAUCUAGAGGAGCAUCGUAUGGUCCACAGGAACCUCGCUGCUCGGAACGUGCUGCUCAAAAGUGACUACAUUGUGCAGGUUUCUGAUUUUGGCGUUGCGGACCUACUUUAUCCUGAUGACAAGAAAUAUGUCUACAAGACUCCAAUAAAAUGGAUGGCAUUAGAGAGUAUCCUGUUUAGGAGAUAUACUCACCAGAGCGACGUCUGGAGUUACGGGGUGACAGUGUGGGAGAUGAUGUCACAUGGGGCAGAGCCUUACACCUCCAUGCAUCCUAACGAUGUCCCAGGUCUGCUGGAGAAGGGCGAACGUUUAGCCCAACCACAGAUCUGCACCAUCGAUGUCUACAUGGUCAUGGUCAAGUGCUGGAUGAUUGAUGAGAACAUCAGGCCGACCUUUAAAGAGCUGGCUAAUGAGUUUACCCGAAUGGCAAGGGAUCCACCCCGCUACCUUGUUGUCAAGCAGAAAGAUCAAAAUAGUGCUGCAACGGAAGAGAGCCAUCUACGUGACCCCAAGCUAAUCGAGUCUGACCUUGAAAGUGAAGAUGAUGAAGUGCUGGAUGAUGGCUUCGCCACUCCUCCUCUCCAAAUGUCUCCAACGAGGAGUCACUCCCGCAUGCGAAUGGGCUCCUAUAGGAGUGCCUCAUCUGGCCAAUCUGUACUUGUGGGAUAUCUGCCCAUGACCGCAAAUGCUGGGGACGAUCUCAAACAGCUGUGGUCCCAGAGGAAACGUCAAGGCUCAGCAAGAACCACAUCUGAAAGCUCAGAAGGCAGGUGCACGAUGUUGGACAUGGAAAUGUGUGAGAUCCUCUCUCAGACAGGAAGUCUAUGCAGGGGACGCAGCCGAGGAGACAGUGCAUACCUAUCUAACUGUGUAUCUGUCACAUCUGAUCCGCUUUCACCAGGAAUAGAGAUGGCUGAGGAGGACCGAGAUGGGUAUAUUCUACCGAGAAGUGCCCACAAUUCAGGAAGAGAUCCACUGGUGACCCAAUCCAGUUCCAGAGGCAGCCUUCGACACAACAGGGCAUCCAAAAAUGGCAAGAGUCAAUCGCAUGCUAUUCCAGAUCAGUCACAAGAGUAUGAGUUGAUGAGCAAACAGCCCGUUAUACUCCUUCACUCACCAGGAGAUGGCAAUAUCAACGGCUCAGCCAAUCUUCCCAUCUCCCAACAGUCUCCCUGUGAUGAUCUUGUGACCUGCAGUAACAGCCUCUCACCACACAAGGCUGUCCAAACACAAAAUGAUGAAAGUGAGGACAGGCCUGUGCCUGUUCCAGAAGACAAUGACGGAGCAUCUGAAAAAGAGCCUUGUGGAGACAAUUCUGACAUUGGCACAGCUCUGGAGGAGGGCCAGCCACAGCAGGCUGUGGUUGAGUACGAAUACAUGGACAUAAGAAACGAAUCGACGUUAGAAAAAAACAACGCCAGUUCACAUGAGCCCAGAGAAACUGGCAUUUACCAGAACACGCACGAGUUUUUUGCUCCAAAGAUGAGCAACAGAAGGAGCUGCAAAGCGGAUGAGGAUGCAGCCAUCACUGAGCAACCGGAUGAAUACGAGGACAUGAAUCCAUGUGGGACAUCAGGUGUUUGUACAUCAGGUGUUCGUCUUGAGUACCAAAACUUUCCAGCCAACGGGAGGAUGGUGUCAGGAGAAGAGCCACACAGAGUUAAAAUGAGAGCCUUCAGAAACACAUGUGCUGGUGUGGAUGAAAAGAACAGUAACACGUCUUUUGACAACCCAGACUACUGGCACAGCAGACUCUUCCACAAACCAGAUGCUGUAUGCACAUAAAACAUCAGUGCUUAAGUCCUGAACUGUAGCAGCUGGUUUGCUCACCAGAGACCGAAAUGUGUGUACGCUGUUUCCCAACCAUACAGUGGGAUUUAUAAAUUGGCAUAGAAAUAAAUGCAAAUACUGUUUCAGGAAGGUAAAACAAUGCUUCUCUUUGAAAUCAAUCAAUACAUUUGUGAUUAAAGUUGAAUGACAAUGAAAAAUGUUAAUUAACACUCUAAUCAGAGUUAAAGUUGGAGUCAGUGAUUUUUGUCAAAAUUUUUGCAAUACCUGAGAAAAAAAGUUCUCCUCACAUACAGGCAGCUGUCAAUAAAAUAUCUACUCAGUGGAAAACCAGAAAAACAACCUCCUGUCUCUGUAAACAAGGAUCACUAACAUCUAAGCAAUCAGAACAGGAUCUUGCUUACCUGCCAAUCAUGCUGCCGGUCAAAUCAGAAAUUUACACUACAUCCUCUUAGACUAGCUAGGUUACGCUAACUUCCACCCAGGUGUAAUGUAAUUCCGUGCUAAUAGUGACGUGAACCCUUUUUUUUCUUUCAAUAAAGUUAUAUAUGUCUUUUAUGCUAUUAAAAGUGGUGUAUUGGUGAUGCUGAAUAACUAGCAUUGUGUUGGCAGACAAAGGGCAAUGUUUUAAAGUGUGAAAUCUUUUUUUUUUUUUCCUGAAAUAUGCCUCAGGCAAUAAAGACUGCAAGGCUGGACUUUGGUAUAACCACCAGGAUUUGACUGUAUGGUUAAAAAAAAAAAAAAAAAGGUAUGAUGUACUAUACAGUAAGUGAUUACUUUUCCUCUGCCUGUGUGUGCACUGUGAGGUAGUCAAACAUCAGGUGUCUCAAAGAAAAUAUAAUUCAUUGCAUUUUAAUGGAGGAUCCAGGGAUAUUGUCUUUGAAGUGAUUGGUACUGAUUUACACUCACCGGCCACUUUAAUAGGAACUUGUUCUUGAUUCUAAGAUUCCUGUUCUUGGCUGCAGGACUGGAACCCAAUGUAGUCUUCUGCUGCUGCAUGCUGAGAUCCUUUUUUGCUCACCGUGGUUGUAAAGAGUGAUUGAGUUCCUAUAUCCUUCCUGGCAGCUCGAACCAAUAUGGCCAUUUUCCUCUGACCUCUCUUAUUAACAAGGCGUUUGUUUCCACCCACAGAACUGUCGCUCACUCAAUGUUUUUUGUUUUUCACGCCAUUCUGUGUAAACUCUAGAGACUGUUGUGUGUGAAAACCGCAGGAGAUCAUCAGUUUCUGAAAUACCAGUCCAUCUGGCACCAACACCCAUGCCACAGUGAAAGUAACACUUUAAGAUCACAAUUUUUCCCAUUCUGAUGUUUGAAGUAAACAUUAACUGAAGCUCUUGAUUUGUAUCUGCAUGAUUUUGUGCUGCUGUCAAGGAAUUGGCUGAUUAGAUGACUGCAUAAAACAGCAGGUGGAUGCAUGGGUGUUCCUAAUAAAGUGGCCGGU